GCGCCACCUGCCUCCCCGGCUCCCUCGGGAGCCGCUAACGUGGAGCAGCCGCCGGGCGAGGAGGCGAACUGGGGGAGAGCCCCGGAGAAAGCGGCGCCUUCCAAAAGCGCGCCGCCUGCGGGGAGCCUGAGGCUGGGCGGCAAAGCCCCGCUGGUGGUGCUUCCCUCCUGCGAGAAGCAGCUGGUGGUCGACGAGGAGGAGCUGCUGAGGGAGAUCGAAGAGCUGCGCUCCGAGAACGAUUACCUCAAGGAUGAGCUCGAUGAACUGCGGGCUGAAAUGGAAGAGAUGCGUGACAGCUACCUUGAAGAAGAUGUUUACCAGCUUCAGGAACUUCGACGAGAGCUGGACCGUGCAAACAAGAAUUGUCGCAUUUUGCAGUAUCGUCUCAGGAAAGCAGAACAGAAAAGCUUGAAAGUUGCACAGACGGGUCAAGUGGAUGGGGAGUUAAUUAGAAGCUUAGAGCAAGAUCUAAAGGUAGCCAAAGAUGUAUCCGUUAGGCUGCACCAUGAACUGGAGAAUGUGGAAGAGAAACGAGUUAAAGCAGAGGAUGAAAAUGAAAUCCUUCGUCAACAAAUCAUUGAGAUGGAAAUAUCGAAACAGGCACUGCAAAAUGAGCUGGAUAGAUUGAAAGAGAGCUCCCUGAAGAGAAGAGGCAGCAGGGAUAUUCACAAAGAAAAGAAGGCAUUUGCUCAGGAAGACAGCUCUGACUUAAAGUGCCAGCUUCAGUUUGCCAAAGAAGAAACAGCAUUGAUGCGUAAGAAGAUGGCCAAACUAGGUAGGGAGAAAGAUGAACUGGAACAAGAACUUCAAAAGUACAAGUCUAUCUAUGGAGAUGUGGAAAGUCCACUCCCUAUUGGGGAAGCUGGAGGACCACCCAGCACAAGAGAAGCUGAACUGAAGCUUCGUCUGAAACUAGUAGAAGAGGAAGCUAACAUUCUGGGGAGAAAAUUAGUGGAGCUGGAGGUAGAAAACAGAGGCAUUAAGGCUGAGAUGGAAGAUAUGAGAUGCCAGUAUGAGAGAGCAUGUUUAAGCCAGGACCAUGUUUCAAGCAUUCCUACCUCACCUUAUGGUGAUUCUCUGGAGUCAGCAGCAGAGCUUCGCCGUCAUUUGCAGUUUGUGGAAGAAGAGGCAGAACUGCUGAGGAGAUCAAUUUCUGAAAUUGAAGAUCAUAAUAAGCAGUUAACAAAUGAAUUAAAUAAAUUCAAAUUUGAGCCUGGACAAGAGUCUGUCUGGCUUGAUGAAAAUGCUUCCAAGUGCAGUGGAUCCUUACAAGAAGAGUUGAAAUCUGCUCGAAUUCAAAUCAAUGAACUGAGUGGGAAAGUGAUGAAACUCCAAUAUGAGAAUCGUGUAUUGAUAUCCAACGUACAGCGCUAUGAUCUUGCCUCACAUCUAGGCCUGAGGACUUCAAGCCCUAGGGACAGUGAUGCUGAGAGUGAUGCAGGGAAGAAAGAGUGUGACAAUGAAGAGGGCCAUCUACCUCAACCAAAGAGAGAGGGACCCAUUGGGGGUGAAAGUGACUCAGAAGAUGUAUAUGAAAAGACAUCGGGUUUUGGGAGUGGGAAGCCAUCAGAAGUUAGUGAUCUUUGUUCCACUGAACUAACAAGGGCCAAAGAGGAUACAGAGUCUUUGAUCAGCAUCAGGCGUGAGGCUGAAAGGCUCGAAAGAGCUGUUGGCCGUCUCAUAAGUGACACAGAUAGUUUAAUAUAUGAAUCAAAAGUGCACAUAACCAGCAGUACUUCCUCUGAGCAAGGUCUGGAAAAAGAUGAAGAAAAACCAGAGAGCAAGAAUGAGCCGGAACUUUUGGAUACUAUUAAUUCAAGAAUGAAAAAUUUCCAGAAAGAACUGCAAACUUUCCUAGAGAAGGUUGACAGUAUUGGGGAAAGUCUCAAAGACCAAAUGGAAGACCUUUCCCCUCUCCCUCACCUUACAGAAUCCUCUAGUUUUCUCUCCACAAUGACAUCUCUAUCCCGAGACUCACCCAUUGGUAACCAGGGAAGGGAGCUGAUUUCAGAUUUUCAGUCCAAACUGAGGGAUCAGAUGGAGUGGCAGCGCAGCCAAGACCAUGGAGACGAGAGAGAGAGUCAUCUUCAACGAGGCACCACCGAACCACACUGCAGAGCUGAUGGAGAAUUUAAACUCUACAGGCCAGGAAACAAGGGUUGUUUCAGUCUAGAGCUCAGGAACUGCCAUGUUUUACCUGUACAGAAUAUAUCGAUUCAGGAGCUUCAGGCUCAACUUGAGCAAGAGGUGAAACUUCGCCAAGAGGAGCAAGAAACGUUUACAGAAAAGAUAAUUCAGCUGGAAGAGGACCAUCUGCAGAGCCUACGGAGGAAAGACUUGGAGGUGCAAAGCUUAACUUUGCAGAACAAAUUGGAAGAGAAGACCUGGAGUCAGGAGAAAAACCUGAUGCAUCAAGAACUCAGGCAUUUCAAGCAGAACACCUUUCUCCUCUAUGCCAAACUGAAAGGGUUGCUGAAACAGUGGCGACAAGGCAAGAAAUUGGAGGAACAAGGAGAGGAUGUUCUUAAGUUGGAACACCUUGAGUCCCUGCCAGAAUUCAGCUUUCAGUCUGAACAAAAGCAUGAUGAACAGGACGAAGAGGAAGAGGAGGAAGUGUUUGGAUUGGCAGACUACUCCCAACAUUCCACUGUGGAGAUAAUGGACCAUGGACCACCACUGCAGACUGCAGAAUUGUUGCAGCAUCAAAAGCAGGCACGAGAAAACCGCAGGCUUCUACAUGCCCUAAAAAUACUGUUGGAUGACUUCCGAUCUGAGCUCCGGGAUGAUGAACGAGAACGUCAUGGCCUCCAGCAGCAGUAUGCCACUGACAAAGCUGCUUGGGAAGUGGAAUGGACUAAACUGAAGUGUCAGCUGGAGCAGCUGGAAGGGAAGAGCGAAAAAGCACAGAGUGAGACUGGUCUUGAAGCAAAAGCAGCUUUUAAGAGAGAGAGGGAGGAGCACAAGAAGCUCCUGGCUGACAGUCACCGAUUAGUUAUGGACUUGCAGUGGCAAAUCCAGCACAGUGAGAAGAACUGGAAUAAAGAAAAGGUAGAGCUUCUGGAGCAGCUCAGCAAGGACCGGCAGGAGUGGGAGAGGCAAAAGAAGGAACUGCUGAGAAGGCUAGAGCAGCUUCAGAAAGUAAAUCCACAAAGAGGAGACAACAUUCUUUGUGACUCAAAAGAAACUAGCCUUCAUUCAUUUUCAAAUCAAGUGCCUCACCCAAUGGAGUCAAGAUCCUACUCUGAUUCAGACACCAUGCAAUUUGAAGAUCGAUCACUGUCGAAACUGAAGGAAAGUGACAGGUGCACUGCCACAGAAAACCUCUUUCUGGAAACACUGUCCCUUGAUUCUCCGGAUGAUUCUGAUGAACGGCAGCCUCAGAAACUGGAACGAGAAAGGUUCUUAACUUGUGCAAAUGAGGAAGAAGAAAUGCACAAGGGAAAUCUUCAAAGGGCAAUGUCUGUCUCCUCUAUGUCAGAGUUCAAGCGUUUGAUGGACAUUUCUCCUUUUCUUCCUGAAAAAACUCUGCCUUCUUCCAGCAGCAAGGAGGAGAUUACACCUCCUCUAUCUCCUGAUGAUCUGAAAUACAUUGAGGAAUUCAACAAAGCUUGGGAUUACAACACCACCAGAAAAAAUGGUGGAGCUGUAGAAAGACCUGGAGAUACUUGGGCAGAGAGGACAGAGAUUGGGAAGGCAGUUAAUAAUUCAGUUCCAGAUCCAUUCCAACCACCUUCAUGGUACCUCACCACCAGUGUUACUAUGACAACUAAUACCAUGACCAGCCCUGAGCACUGCCAGAAACAAGCACUGAGGAGUCAUGUUGUUUCAGAAAAAAUGGGAGUUAAGGUCUUUCAUAGUCCGCCAGUUGUUCGCAGGUUUGAAACCUCAGUGGUAGCUAGCAAUGAAGGGAAAAGCCAGCCAGAACCAGACUUUUUGUUCCCUAUGACCAAAGUUAAGGGAAAUGGGGGCGAGACAAAAGGUGCUUCUUCAGAAGUGUUUGGGCGAUGGUCUUCUGACCUCUCCAAACACCACAAUGAUUUCCUGGAAAGUGGUAUUCAUCCUAUUGAACGUCCUAUUUGCACUACUUUGGGUUUUGCGUCCUCCUUGCACAGCCUGGAGAUGUCCAAAAACAUGAGUGAUGACAUGAAAGAGGUAGCUUAUUCUGUCAGAAAUGCAAUACGUACAAAUUCGGCAGAGCUUCAGUUCAAAGACACAGCUUGUCAGACUAAUGGGUUGAGAACUACGGGCACACAGACCACUCAAACUAUCAGUGUGGGCUUACAAACAGAAACUUUGCGUAGUAUCACAAGCAGUCCACACAGGUGUCUGACACCAAAGGGGGGUACUACACCUGUCUCAUCACCAUCAAGAAGCUUAAGGAGCAGGCAGGUGGCACCUGCUAUUGAAAAGGUCCAGGCCAAAUUUGAACGCACAUGUUGUUCUCCCAAAUAUGGCUCCCCAAAAUUACAGAAGAAAGCCUUUUCCAAAUCAGAUCAGCCAAAUAACAGGACAUUACCAAGCACACCUCAGAAAGGGUUCAGUGAAUCUGCUUGGGCCAGAUCAACCACCACAAGGGAGAGUCCAGUUCAUACUACUAUCAAUGAUGGCCUCUCCAGUUUAUUCAAUAUCAUUGACCAUACCCCUGUGGUUCAUGACAGCCUCCAAAAAUGCUCCAGGUCCAGCAGCCGAUCAAGGUCAGCAGAACCCAGGUCAGAACUGGAUCCUAUGCAAGACAUGUGCACAAGUAUCCGUGGUAGGUCACCCAGUCCCCUCCGUUUUGGCACAGAGCUACAAAAGGAUGAAGGAGCUGAAACGACAAGCAUCAGGCAGGACUUAUCAGCUCCUCCAGGAUAUACCCUUACAGAAAAUGCUGCCAGAAUUCUCAACAAGAAACUUAUGGAGCAUGCCUUAAAGGAGGAGAAAAGGCUAGCUUCAUACAGCCCUCCCAGUCUUAGCAAUGAGAACAGCACAGGAGAAAUAAACAAAGUUGAACCAGGGUCCAUUGAGGAACUACCUUGUUCCGCACUUGCUCCAUCCUUAGAAUCCUGCUUCUCCCGACCAGAGAGACCAGCGAAUCGACGCCCACCUUCCCGAUGGGCCUCACAUUCCCCUACUGCCUCACUAUCUCAGUUAACUGGGGAGGAAUAUGGAAGCAUGGAACUGCCGUUGGAGAACCCAAACCAGUGAUGCAAGCCUGCAUGAAUUAUCACAGAAUAAUUCACUGUCUUUUGCAUAGUAGCACCAUUACCAUGGCCAGUCUCUGUCAGUGAGGAGAGCUCAAGUUGCAGAGGUUAAAGAAUGUUCUAGAAUGCAGCUGCUUUGUGUACCUGAGAAACAGACGUUUCUAGAAUGAAACAGUUAACGUGCCUGUAAUAACUUAUUUUUUUCAUAGCUCAGAAAACUAUUUUUGCCUCCAUCUUUUCUACACACAGUAUAUUAUCUAAAAGGAUCUAAAAGAUAUGCAGAUAAAGAUAAGGUUUUAAAUAAAACAUGAAUUAUGUUUCAAGGGAAACUGAAUGUGCGCUCUCUUUCCCGCUCUCUGACUACUGACUGCCUUCUGUUAUAUUUGCACCAUUAAGGUUUGGGUUUUGUGCUGUUUCUUUUUGUUUAAAAUUAGAAUUUUAAGUUAAUUAUGUUGGUUAUCAGUUUGAAAAAGAAAAUUCAUAGAGGUGCUUUAGCAUGUCUGAAGCGGUAACUUUUAAGUAGUGAAAAAGCCAUUGAACUAGUUGACUAGAGUUGUCUUAAAUAAACUAGAGGGGAAUGCAGGGAAUAUGGAAUGAACUGUUUAGAAAAGGGCGGGGGGAGCCUCAGACAGUCUUAAUGAAGUGAGCUGUACGAUACAUACACACACAAAAGAUUUGCAUGUCAUUAGGUUCCUAGCACUUUAGUGCAUGUACACACUGCUACUGUACUUUCACUGUCACAUCCGUGUCUCAAUUUCUUUCCCUGUUAUAUUGUUGUGAAUUUAUCUGUACUGUACUUUUAAUGUUGGUAUUCUUGCAUUGAUUGUACAAAAAAAGAUUUUUAAAUAAUUGUUCAAACAGUUCAACUGACUAUGUACAGUGUUUAUUGAAAACUUCCCUUGUUUGAGGGAAAGCACUGAGAACUCUGGGCAUACUAAAUUGUAACUGGCCUUGUUUUAAGAGUCUGUUUGAGACCAUGUGGUGUGGAAAUAAAUUCCUCAGUAUUUACAAAA